AUGGUCUAUCUCAAGUCUCUGGCUGGGGCCGCACUUUUUGCUUCCUUGGCCUCAUCCGCUGUUAUUUCUCGUCAAGCGGCAGCAAGCAUCAACGAUGCGUUUGUGGCUGCUGGAAAAAGCUAUUUUGGAACCUGCUCCGACAAGACUCUCCUCCAGAAUUCGCAGAAUGAAGCCAUUAUCCGUGCCGACUUUGGCGCGUUGACUCCGGAGAACAGCAUGAAGUGGGACUCCAUUGAACCAUCUCGGGGUAGUUUUAGCUGGGCUGGGGCGGAUUAUCUGGUCAACUAUGCCACUCAGAAUAACAAGAAGAUCCGCGGGCACACUCUUGUAGUCUGGCAUUCCCAGCUCCCAUCCUGGGUUUCCAGUAUCAGGGAUGCUACCACCCUGAAAGAAGUCAUGGUCAACCAUAUCAAGGAGGUCAUGGGCCGUUACAAGGGCAAGAUCAUGCACUGGGACGUCGUCAAUGAAAUCUUCAAUGAGGACGGUACAUUCCGUAGCAGUGUCUUCUACAACGUCCUGGGCGAGGACUUUGUCCGGAUUGCCUUUGAGACUGCCCGUGCUGCCGAUCCGCACGCGAAGCUCUAUAUCAAUGACUACAACCUGGACUCUGCCAGCUACGCCAAAACAAAAGCGAUGGUCCGCUUUGUCAAACAGUGGUUGGCGGAUGGUGUUCCAAUUGAUGGAAUUGGCUCUCAAUCUCAUUACGGCUCAAGCCAUUGGCCCAGUUCUCAAGCUUCAGCAGCACUGAGCUCUCUUGCCUCGUCCGGUGUCUCUGAGGUCGCGAUCACGGAACUCGAUAUUGCUGGAGCCGCGUCUUCCGAUUAUCUAAACCUGGUAAACGCCUGCUUGAAUGUCAAGAAGUGUGUUGGUAUCACUGUUUGGGGUGUUUCUGAUAAGAAUUCGUGGCGUGCAUCAAGUACCCCAUUGCUGUUUGACAGCAGCUACAAAGCCAAGGGUGCCUACAAUGCCAUCAUUACCGCUUUGGCUUGA